AUGGCGACGCGCGUAACCAUCGCAAACAACGCGAAGCAGUCGCAAAAGGCUCCGCUACUCAUUCCUGCGUCCGCUGCCGCAGAUCCUGCCGUGACGGGUUCUAUGCGAUCGUACGUCUUCAAGAGUGCGCAGUCAAAGCUGAAGCUAAAGAAGCCCUCGCGAGUCUACGUUGGGAAAACGGGCCAGGAGCUGAUCAACGAGGAAGACUGGAAGAGCAAGGUCAAGAAAGACAAUGUAUUGCUCGUUUCUAUUGGAGAAGAGUAUGUUGGUGCUGGGAAAGAAACGAUUGUACAUGUAGACGUAAAGCCCGACUGUCCCAUCGAAGUACUCGCAUCCAAUGCAGCUGUCGAUUCACUCGCUAUCGCACAGCUUACUACCACAGCCCACACGCUUCCAGGAAUCGUUCGCGCUGUAGGCCAGCCGGAUCUUCAUCCAGGCACUAAGUUUCCUAUAGGCAUCGUCUUUGUAUCCAGAAAAUGGAUCCACCCACCACUCAUUGGGGGAGACAUUGGCUGCGGCAUGUCUUGGUUCAAGCUUACACUCCCUAGAAGCCAGGUUGAUGGCGACAAGGGCAAGAAAGUCGCCGAGAAGCUGCGCGGCCUAGAAGGAUCAUGGCGUACACGAGAGCACAGGGAACUAUGGCUACAAGACGAGGAAGGUAGCUGCUCUGCAGGUGAACAAUGGGACAGUUCGCUGGGUACGAUUGGCGCAGGCAACCACUUCGCAGAGAUCCAGGUGGUAGAAGAGUCAGCGGCCGCUUUCAGCAACCCUCUGGGCCUACACCAGGAUGAUGUUGUGCUGCUAGUCCAUUCAGGCUCUCGUGGAUACGGUAGUAGUGUGCUCAAGAAGUAUACAGCUGAUUCAAACGUUAGCCUGGAGGAAGGCAGCCUGGAGGCGACCCAGUACAUCAAAGAACACGACAAGGCCUGCCGGUGGGCAAAAGCGAAUCGGGAUCUGAUCGCUUUGCGAUUUCUGGCUUGCCUCGAACCUGGCAACGAAGACUGGCAGCUAGGAAUCUCAGAUGGCGUUGGCUUGGACAGAGUCGAUCCUACGAGCGUUGAGCGAAGCAGGAGUGCUCUGCGAGCACGGAAGGUGGUCGAUAUCUGGCACAACAACGUCGAGCGAGUGGAGUGGCCACCAUCACCGCCACCAUCGGUCGCUACGGAGACGGCAUCCUUGCUCACACUGGACAAAGAUGCAACUCGUCUGGCACUUGAUGACGCUACAAGCCAACAGGAGUAUGUGUACAUACACCGUAAAGGCGCUGCCCCAACCUACAACCCGGAUACACGUCUACCCCUAACUUUCCUGCCUCUCCCAGGAUCCCGAGGAACAGCGACCCUCAUUCUCCAGCCUUCAUUUUCAGCAUCGACGUCUUGGGGUCUCAAGAAUGCACUGUCUCUCGCUCAUGGCGCUGGACGAAGCAUGUCUCGAGCGAAAGCGCUCUCUUCACUAUCGCAGAAAUACAAAGGGCAGAACCUCCUGCAACCACGAGCUGGAGACAUUCAAGGCACCUGGGUUGUUUGCGACGAGAAAGACUUGGUGUUUGAGGAGGCUCCUGAUGCCUACAAGGACGUUCAGGCUGUGGGUCAAGACCUGGUAGAUGCUGGCGUCGCAAGCGUCAUUGGAUGGUGCAGGGCGAGGGUGAGCUACAAGGUGAGGAACGAGCAGUAUUGA